AUGAAGGAGACGGAGAACGGAGAGGCCCUGGAAGACCAGAACAUGAUCGAGGAGGACAUUUUGGCCUACGGACGCAAGAAUCUCCAUCCCACGCUACUAGAAAAUGUCCUGAAACAGUACAAGAAGUUUUCCAAGGUCCAACGAAGGCCAAAAAAUGAACAAGAAAUACCUUACAUUGAUGAGCAUACUGGAGGUAGGAAAUUUACUGUCAAAAGAUCUGAAGAACCAUCUGGAUCAGGUUUUUAUAAAUACACUUACGAAGAUAGGGAUGAUAUCGGUGGUUUAGGAAAUAAACCAUUCGAACUAAGUGAGAUCCAAGAUGAUACUGGCAAUUCUAUCAGUGGGAUUCCCUCUAAAGGAUCUGAUAAAAAGGUCACCUCCGUUUCUGCCUAUUACUGGAAGCAUGAAAGUACUAACGGUAGCCCACCUACUAAGGUUCUAUUGGUAGAAGUAGUAUAUAGUGGAGAGAAUAGAACUGCAUAUUAUGUUAGGGGUAGUGGUAAAGAUUGGAUUGAAACAUCCCUCCAAAAUGACCUAGAGAAAACUCUGUACGAACAAAAUUGUUACAAUAACGAAGCAGUCACCUUAGAUCUUACCAGGAGUAACUCUGAAACACAUUCUAAACAUGGAGGUACUGGAUACUGUUGCGCUUACCAUAAGGAGGGUCCCAAGGUCACGGUUGAAGAAAUAGCAGUUCGACAUCAACAUGAACGCGGAGAAUCCACAAAACUCUAUAAGCACACCAUUUACCCUACUUCAAAAUUAGCUGGUAUUAAAUACAAUGAAGGUGGUAAUCAUGGCCCCAAAAGUAGGAAGAAUAUAAAGAUUCCUGGUCUUGACAACUCUGGAAAAGAUUCAGUAGACAUAUAUGCAUUAUACUCUGGUAAAAAUCAGGAUCCAGAGUUAAUAUACGUCAAGAGUACUGGGGACUCAGGUGUUACAGGAUGGUUUAAGAAAGGAAGUAGCAAUAAUGGAAACUGGGAAAAGGCUGAGAAACUCGACAAGAAUAUAACACCUAAUAAUUUUGGGGAUCUUGACUGUGACAAAUUUAAGGCACUCAAAGAAGAACUUAACCAUGAUACUUCUGGCUUGGACGAAUGUAAAGAACACCUUAAACAACAAGAACGAGCACAACUAACAGCACGCACUGAGCUGGGUGGAGAACAAAGAGAAGAAUCCCGAGAAGAGGAACAAGAGGAGGAAAAGAAAGAGGAUGAAGACUCGCCUAAACGAGAUCCUGGUCCUCCUGGAUCUUCUGGUAAAAAUGGUGAUGGAGAUACUGGUGCUAGUGAUGAUAGAGGUACUGUUGGAGCUAGAAGAGGCUCUGAUAGAGAAGCUCAGACUACUGUUCCAAAAAGUGGAGAUAGCUCAUGGGAUUUGUUCGGUUCCGGUCUUAGAGAAUUAGUUGCUGGAGUUUUUAAUACCCUGUUUACACGAUCCUUUCUUAAAGAUUCUGAAACUUCUAUAUCUGAACUUCCUAAAAAUGUUAAUUCAUCUCCUGAUUUUUCUCAAAAACUUACUGUCUCACAUGGCAAAGUUACUAAGAAUCAAGUUGAAGGUUUUUAUACUGAAGAUGGUGGAAGAAAAAGCUCUGCUGGUGCUGCUGAUCCUAAAGGUGCUCAUACUGAAGGUCCUACUAAAGAAUCUGAUCCUGUUUCUGAACCUCUUGCUCCUCCUUCUCCUACUGCUCCUGCUGAAGUUACUCUUCUACAUGAAGCCUCAGUCCAUUCUACUGGACAUUCUCAAGACCAUAAUUGGAGUGCUAAAUAG